CGGUUGCCGAGGCGACGGGUCGGUUCAGCUGCGGAAGGCGGGAAGCCGGACUUUCUCGUCUCGGUCCCUCCGGAGCGGAAGAAGAGGCUUCGGACCAGGGGGGGCGGCCAAGGCCUCCGAGGAACGGCGGGGGCGAUGGCACAGCGGAAGAUGGUGCGGAGAGGGAGCCAGCCCAGCCGUCUGCCACCCACGGCAGCCCAGCAGCUGGAACGGAAGCACCACGAGGCCUAUUUCCAGCAAAUGAGAGAGCUGGAGCACGAGAAGAAGGUGCAGCGGGUCAGGCAGCUGGAGGUGAUGUGGGAGGCAGAGGAUCGCGUUGAUCAGAAGCGGGUCACGCGGCUGCUCCAGGAGGAGGAGCACGAGCGGCGCAUGGAAGAAGCCCUCCAGAGGGCAGAAGAAAAUAAAAGGCUGAGGCAGCUGGAGCUGGAGCAAGAGGAAAGACUGGCCGCUGAGUUAGCCAGGUUAAACCACGACAGACUUAAAGAUGAGAAGAUGAGGCAGCAAAUCAAAGAGAACAGUAUUGAGCUUCGGGAACUGGAGAGGAAGCUGAAAGCUGCCUAUAUGAACAAAGAGAGGGCCGCCCAGGUGGCUGAGAAAGAAGCUCUGAAAUACGAAAAAAUGAAGGAGGAGGCGGAGACCUGCCGAGCCAUGAAGGAAGAGCAAGAAAGAGCCGAGGAGGAAGAGAGCAGGGCCGAGGCCAGGCAGAACCGGGAGAGGCGACUUUACCAGCAGGAGCUGGAGAAGCAGCUGGAGGAGCGGGAGAGGCAGAAGCAGGCGGCCUACGAGGAGUUCCUCCGAGAGAAGCUCCUGAUCGAUGAGAUCGUGCGGAAGAUCUACGAUGAAGAUGAAAAGGCAAGACAAGAAAGACUGGAGAAGAAAAGAGCAACUCAGAGAUUCAUAGAAGAAUUUAAAAGAGACCAAGCUGCACGGAAGAGAAGGCAGCGCGAGGAGAUGGAAGAGGAAAACAGAAAACUUGCGGAAUUUGCUAGCAUGUGGCAGGAAAGACAAGACAGCAGGAUGGCAAAAGUCCAUGAAAGUGCAGAGAGGAAACGGCAGCUCCAGCAAAUGCUGGCCGAGGCCCUGGAGAAAGAGCGGCAGGAGAGGGAGGAGCUCCAGCAAGUCCGCGAAGAGCUCUCUCUCGAAGAACAGGCCGAGGCGGAGCGGAAGAAGGAGAGGGAAGAGAUGGAGCAGAAAAUAAGGCAGCGUUUGGAAUUGCGCAAAGCAUACGAAGAGCAGUUGGCCUCGAGGGAGGAGCUGCUGCAGGCGAUGAAAGAGGAGGAGGCCGCCUUCCGCCUUGCCAUGCUGGCCAAGUUCGCCGAAGACGAUCGCAUCGAACAGAUGAAUGCUCAGAAGCGAAGGAUGAAGCAGCUCGAGCACCGGAAGGAGGUGGAGAGGCUGAUUGAAGAGCGGCGGAAACAGUUCCUUGCGGACAAGGAGCGUGAACUUGAAGAAAGACAGCUGGAGGAAAGAAGGAAAGGACUCGUUGAUGACAUUAUUGAGGAGGAGCGACAGAAGCUGCUCAGGGAACACGCCAUAAAGCUCCUGGGCUACCUUCCCAGAGGAAUUCUUAAAGACGAGCAAGAUGUUAACAUGCUUGGAGAGGAGUUCCGUCAAGUUUAUCAGAAGAAAAAAGGUAAUAGUCUGGCGGAAGCCCUUUAAGGACUUGGCAGUGGUGGCCGCUAGGAGAGGGGACGUACCGACUACCUUCCCUGAUCUACUUUCACUGUCCGAGCAUUUAUAACAAUAAAUUAUUCCUCUGGCCUUCGUGUUCCCCUUGUAGGCUGUGUUCAGAUAUACUUUGUCUGCAUAUAUUCACUCUUGCAAGCAGUGUCGCUGGCCUUGAAAGAAGAUGGCAAGGAGCAUCCGCGGUGUUUUGGUCAAAAAUGCUUCCCACAGCUACAGAUCCCAAAUCUCUUUAUUCAGUUUAAUAAGCUAGCGAGUGUGAGACCAUCUGUGGAGUCUUUGAGUUAUGACCUGGCAGGCCACUCCAGUA